CGCUGGGCUCCGGCUGCCGCCGGCCCUGAGCCAGCCCUGCCGCUCCCCGCCCUGCCCCAGCCGGCCGUCCGUCCGUCCGGACACAGGGAAGAAGGCACUCAUCCAGCUGCAGCUUCACCCUCCCAGCACUGCCAGAUGUGCCUCCACAUUGUGGUGUGCCUGCAACCCACUCUGGAGGUGAUCCAGCCAAGGUGCUGCCUGUGCCGGGGCUGCUCUCCCAGCUAACACGCGUCUCCUGGCCCCUGGUAGGAAAUGGAGUCCAAGGUCUCUGAAGGCGGCCUCAACGUCACCCUCACCAUCCGGCUGCUGAUGCACGGCAAGGAAGUUGGAAGCAUCAUUGGGAAGAAAGGAGAAACUGUGAAGAAGAUGCGUGAGGAGAGCGGGGCAAGGAUCAACAUCUCGGAGGGGAACUGCCCUGAGCGGAUUGUGACCAUCACUGGCCCCACUGAUGCCAUCUUCAAGGCUUUUGCCAUGAUCGCCUACAAAUUUGAGGAGGACAUAACCAACUCCAUGAGCAACAGCACCGCUACCAGCAAACCUCCGGUGACACUGCGGCUGGUGGUGCCGGCUAGUCAGUGCGGCUCCCUCAUCGGCAAGGGGGGCUCCAAGAUCAAGGAAAUCCGAGAGUCCACAGGUGCUCAGGUCCAAGUGGCGGGGGACAUGCUGCCCAACUCCACGGAGCGGGCGGUGACAAUCUCGGGGACACCCGACGCAAUUAUCCAGUGUGUCAAACAGAUCUGUGUGGUGAUGCUGGAGUCCCCACCAAAAGGUGCCACCAUUCCCUACCGCCCAAAGCCCGCCUCCACCCCUGUCAUUUUUGCAGGUGGUCAGGUAAGAGCCGACCCGCUUGCAGCCUCCACUGCCAACCUCAGCCUUUUACUGCAGCACCAGCCGCUGCCCGCCUAUACAAUUCAGGGACAAUACGCUAUUCCACACCCGGAUCAGUUGACCAAGCUCCACCAGUUGGCUAUGCAGCAAACCCCCUUUACUCCCCUUGGACAGACCACCCCCGCUUUCCCUGGAGAAAAGCUGCCCUUACAUUCCUCCGAAGAAGCUCAAAAUCUGAUGGGCCAGUCAUCAGGUUUGGAUGCCAGUCCCCCGGCCAGUACUCAUGAACUCACCAUUCCCAAUGAUCUAAUAGGCUGCAUAAUCGGACGCCAAGGGACCAAAAUCAAUGAAAUUCGGCAGAUGUCGGGAGCGCAGAUCAAAAUCGCCAAUGCCACGGAAGGGUCAUCAGAGCGCCAAAUCACCAUCACAGGAACCCCUGCAAACAUCAGCCUUGCGCAGUACCUCAUCAACGCCAGGCUGACGUCUGAGGUCACUGGAAUGGGCGCACUCUAAUUUCCACCCACCAUCCUCCACUCUGCACCACCCGACCCUCUCCAGCCACCGGCACUCCACCCAGCCUGUACUGCCUGUACAUUUACCGUCUUCCCUUUACCUCCACAGAUACUCUUUUCUUUACUAACGAAUAUAUAUAUACAUAUAUAAACACACAUGCACAUAUGCACACACUGGAACGUUUCUUUACGAGCUCUUUACUCUGUGCUCCCGAGGCUGCUCCCAAACUCUUUGGUUAUGGUCCUUGUUUUCAGCGUUACCGUGUGAAUUCUUCAUCUGCUUUUGGGGGACGAGGGAGGGGGGAGGGGGGAAUUGUUUUUUCUCUCUAAUUGGCAAGACUUCAGGAGUGUCAGUCUAGCGCAACUACCUACACGUUUGAGUUGACAUUGGCGGUACUUUCUGUAGCCUAUGGACAUACGUGAUGCCACCCAGAGCUGUGCCUGCUUCAGAUGACUUAACUUUUCUCACCCUCCUUCCUUUAGUGCUUCCCCCUUGCUUGUCCUGGCUCACCUUCGCCACCUAACGCCCCUGCCCUCAGGGGAAGGGCAUGCUUUUCACCCUGUGUUAUUCAGGAAGCAGAAGCCAAGCGUGGGUUCAACCCACGGGCUUCUCUCUUGGAACAUGGCAUGGUCCAGACAAGCCCUUUUUCCCACUAAACUAAGGGAAUCACACACACACACACACACACGCACACACACACGCACACACACAAAUGCUCAUUGUUUUUUUAACUAACGAGCACCUGGAAGUGGGAAGAACUCAGCUAUAUGGGAUUCACAGCCCCAGGGGUCUUUGAAAGCACUCUUUUGGCAAUCCCCCAGUAGCAAAACCUUUGGACAAUAGCUCAGGAAGCUCUGUGAGCCGGCUGUGUUUGUCGUUGUUUGUGUUCAAUAAAUGUCUGUGCAGCUCUGGUA